UUGUGGAGCUGUGCAGCAGCGCAGAUGGAGCUGUCCUCAGUGGGAGACCAGGUGUUUGCUGUGGAGGCGAUAACAAAGAAGAGAGUGAGGAAGGGGAAUGUGGAGUAUCUACUGAAAUGGCAGGGAUGGUCCCCAAAAUACAGUACUUGGGAACCAGAGGACAAUAUUUUGGACCCGCGCCUGGUCCUGGCUUACGAAGAGAAUCAGGAGAAGAUCAGAGCGCUGGCCUACCGCAGGAAAGGUCUCAGACCCAGGAGGCUCGUCCUGCGGAACAUCUUUGCCAUGGACCUCCGCAGUGCCAACAAGGUCUCAGAGAAGCCCCCCCCUCGACUGCGUCUCUCCCUCACCCGCUCCAUGAGUACAGACGUAGACCAGGGCGAGCGGGGUGGCCUGUACCGUCGUCUAGCCAGGAGGAACAGCAAGCAGAGGGCGUCCAAACGAGGGCAGGAGGGACCCUCAAACAAAACCAUCCUUCCACUGAGGAAGAGGGAGGAGCCCAUUGAGGAGGACUGGGGUGUCACCAGUGAAGAGGAGAAGCAGGAAUCUGAAAGCACUGCCGAGGAGAUAUGUGAAGACAGCUUAUAUGGUCAGUCAGAGUGCAGCUCCCCGCCCUUGCUGGAGCGACAGGAUUUGUUGAUGGAGGUGGAGGAGAAGGCGGACGCCGACCUGACAGCGGUGGGUGCACAAACAUGGACAGACAGACAUGGCGGAGGGACGCCUGAAACGAGACAGAACCAGACAUUUGCGUGUGACAAAUCAAAAGACAGUGCCUCGGUGCCUGAGGCCGUACCGGAAGAUGAGGUUUCCGUGGGCGACAGGUCAGAAUGGGACAGAGGCGAGAAGGGUGCGGAGUCAGGGUCGGAGUGUCCCAGAUUAGAGAGCAGUGUUUGUCAGAGCGACGUGACCUCGGUGAUAGUGAGCGCUCAGGGGAGCAGCGAGACGGCAGGUGACAAGGCUCCCACUACUGAGGCGACAAAGGAGGAGGUGAGUGACGACAAUCAGAGUGUUACCACGACGACGCCAGGCAGUCAGAGUGAUCCCGACGCUGUAGAACAUCCCAGGAAGGUGAUAUCUACAGACGUGACUAUUAACUCUCUGACGGUGACUUUUAAAGAAGCCUCAGUGGCUGAAGGCUUCUUUAAGGGCUAUUGAAUGAUGAAAAAGAGUGAGAUCAGAAUAACAAUAAUUAGAUUGCCACUCAUUUUGAACAUGUAAAUAGUUGUGUUUGUUAAGUAUUUCAACAUGUUUACAAAGCUACACUCAUUUCCUACUGAGUUCAAUGAAGACAUUGUUGCCUUUAAUUCAAAAAAAAAAAAAAAAAAAAAAUGAGUGGUAAUUUUAUCAUUGUGGCUCAUUUAGUAGGUGUUAAAGGAAGCCCGAGGCCCCAAAAAUAUCCUCAAAUCAUCCAUUGCAGUCCAGCAGACUAAAUGGAUCUCAGUGGCGGGUUUCAUUCCCGGGGGUCACUGGGUUCACUGAGAGCAGGAGACAGAUGCUGAGACAGCAAAAGUAACACUCCACAUUACUACUUCCAUGCAGCUACUUUCUCCAGACGUCCUUAGUGCUUUCCAGCCAGACAUCGGUCACACACUCAAAUCUGUUCUCGGGGCCUGUUUUAGUUGCUCCUCUUUCUUACGAAUAAUGUUUUUUGUAAAGAUAUCGCUCUUUUUUCAGUAUUUGCACAGAGAUAGCUGCAUGCCCUGUCAGUCUAUGCCACACAUGCACAAAGCCCUGUCCUGUGGUUUGUUGAAAAGGUUUAUUUCCGUCACAAAAGAAAUAAAACAAAGAGAGAGAAUUAAUGCCUUCUGCUUAGAUGAAGUUCUGCAUUUCAAGGGAGGCUGGAUGCACAAAAAAAGAAGUACACAGUUGUAUUUGCUGUCUGUCCGUCCUUUUACUUUUCAAGUAUGAAAUGCUACCUGGUUCUAUUUUUGUAUUACCAAUUGAUAGUCCGCUCUUUUCACUAGCCUUUGUGCAUUUCAAAAGAGGAUAUCAGUUUACACCGCUGCUGUUCUGCUGUGUACAAAUGGAAGCAAAUGUACGUUCCGUCAAACUGUAGUGAGCUAUUAUUUAUUGCAUGUCACAUGUAUAAGCUAAACUAACUUAUGUCACUUAUGUGUCUUUCUCUGACAAAGAUGAACUGUCAAACAUGUCUUCUCUCUAAAAAAUUGAUUUUUAU